GCCGCGCCGCGCGUUGCCAUGGAGACGGAGGACGAGUGGCUGGUGCUGUCGCUGCGCCUGUACGAGGACCUGCACACCUUCGAGCUCCAGGCACCCACGCGCCUUCUCGAAUGGGCCCCGGGGAACCGUGUCUGCGUGGCCGGGUACGGGCAGGCCGGUGGCAACGAGAUCCUGCGGCUGCUCCCACCACCAUCGCUGCAGGCGAAGGAGACCCAGAGCCUGUUUCCAGAGAGAGAUUUGAAGGUGGAAUGUGGUGGAUUUUCCAACCGCCCCGUGUACAGCCUGAAGUGUGUGCCUGACACCAGCUUGCUGGUAACCAGUGGCCCACCAGACAGCUCCCUCCAGCUCUGGAAGGUGUCAGCAGAGGACUCUGAUGUUAUUAAACCUGUAAGUGCCAUACCUGCAGAAAAGGGGCAAUCUUGGGCUAGAAUUGCAACCACAGCAGGCAGAGCCCAGUGGGUCCUGCACGGCUCAACCCCUGACAGUGUCCACAUUACAGAGGUGGAAUCGAGGAAAAACGUCUACGUGGCAGCCUCCAGGAGCAGCGAGGAGCUCAGUGGCCUGGCAUUCCUGGACUGCAACACGUUGCUCCUGUGCUGUGCCAAGGGGCAGCUGUACCUGGGUGACGUUCGGCAGCCACAGGGUCCCUUGGAGGCUGUGUCUGUGCCCUGGGCGCCGGGUGGCGAGCGGUGGUGCAUGGGAGCCGGGCACAUUGCUCCCGGCUCUGCCCCAAGCUCCCAGCCCAUAGCUUGCCUCUCGAGCAGAGGCCACCUCACCCUCACGGAUGUAAGGAAGACCUCAGAGCCUUUGGCCUCAGCAAAGUGCAGCAUUCCCUCGCCCAGCUGCGGUGCGGAAUUCCUGUGUGUCUCCUGGGCUCCUGCUCUGGAAGGCUGCCUUGCCAUUUCAGGUUUUGAUGGGACCGUGCACGUGUACGACACUCGGAGCUGGGACAGCUCUGCCAGGACACCACAACCAACCUUUGUCCACAAAGGCCACGUGUUUGGUGAACAGGCCAGCAAUGGAGACCCCCCCCUGGUCACAGCUCACACGUGGCACCCACAAAAACCAAGAACUUUACUGUCAGCAGCCAGUGAUGGUUCCCUGCACAUCUGGGACUGGGUGCAGCCCGGAGGGAUGUGUGGGUAGCUGGUGCUUGUGGUGAGCUGCGAGGUGUUUCCUGUCUCUGUUCCCCGUGUGUAGGCUGGGAGGAGGCCAUUUGCGUGCACACAGGGCUGUGAGCCACUUGUAGGGAGCAGAACCAACUGCAAAGAGCCCUUUGAAAUAGAAUCUAAGCUCUUGGUGGUGUGACUUGUUCUCCUGCCUUCAA